UACCGCUCGCUGGGUACGAGGUUCGACGCCUUGGCGCAAGGUUGAACAACAAAGCAAAACGUUGCCUGAUCAUGAUGAUCGUGUGACCCAGCCAAGAAACUCUGUUGUGGGUCAUCAUCAUCAGGCAGUGGUUGUUGUUUGUAGUUCUCCUUGUGUGUCUUCCCUCUACGGGACUCUAACGAAGGCACGUGUGUGAUGCUGAGAGCGGAUUACUUCCACGGACAUUCAAGGGAGCGGCCUCGCUGUGUUUUCAAGCAUCAGAGCAUGGCUGUUGGAGAAGACAUUCAAGAGCACAAGCAUGACGAAGACAGACAGGUCCAGUCUGCCAUCGAGCAUCUCGUUGCGACGGGGGUAAUGCCGAAAACAAGAAUCGACAACUUCGACACUUUCUGCAAUGUUGUUUUGGCAUACGAAUCUCGACUACAGGAGUCGCAACAUGAUGCGCAGUGCCCAGUCAGGUCACACGCACAAGCUGGCGAAAGUAGUGAUUCCGAGGCUGCGGCAAGUCCACGAACAUCGGAGCAAAGCGAGGAUGCGGAAACCGUAGACGAAGACAUCGAGUACCCACCUGGUCAUGAAUCCUUUGAGAACGUAACAUGCUUUUGUGGGAAGCCGUUUGCAGGGCGGCCCAUGAUUGAGUGCUCGUCUUGCCUCAUUUGGCUGCACAUGUCCUGCGCUAAAGUUCGUCCCAGCAAUGUCCCUGACGUCUGGACGUGUCAGACUUGCAAGGAAAUAAAUCCCCGGAAACGUGCUCGCCUGUCUCGCGGCAGCGAUUCCCUGUCAUCACUGCCCUCACCAUCAUAGGAUGCCUGCGUGUAAGACGGCAGAAUGUCCUUGUUUUGAUCCACUAGCCCUUGUCCCUUCUUAGUCUGCUCUCCUUAGUACAGUAGCCAUUGCUUCCAUUAGCCGGCUAACCCCUUUAGUUCAUAACCCCUUUCCCCGUGUGACGUGUGUAGACGCUAGCAAAAGUAAUAAUACCCAUUGCUACUGCUGCUCUUUUGAGUGAGUAUAUCUCGACUAGGAAAUGUAUGUGUGUGCGCGCGCGUGUGUGUGUGGUUUGUGUGUGCGCGUAUGUGGUAUGCAAGUGCAUAAAUGCUUGCUAACCUGUGUCCAUAUUCCAUCGACUGGGAUAUUGUCACUUUUGAGGAUCAUUUGAGGCUGGAACUCUUUCUGUCUUCCUUUUAUUGCAUAUUUGAUGAUGAUUGCUACAGUAUGUGUUGACUUAGAUCACUGCGACAAUGCUACUGCUACUGCCGUGUGUCUUGACCGAAAAUAACCAGACCUUAGCCCAUUAUUCAUAGCACUGCUGACUUUUUAUCCUGCCUGCACCGUCCAACGUUCCAACAUCUCCAUUUUAUUCUUCAGGAGCGCUUUGGCUUUUAACCUACCUCUACUGGCUGUGUUUCUCGUGAUUGUGUCACAGCUUUUGUUCUUUUGCUAGCUCUAACUCUCUGUGUUCAGUUUGUACACGGGCCGGUUUGUGUCUUCUAGUAGAACACUUAGAUGCAUGUCUUCUGAUUUGCUUUCUCCUCUCUUCCUGUGCUCUCAACACAGUCUUGUUUUCACAUGUUUUCCUCUCUAUGCUUCUCACCUUAUUCUCAUCUCUCUACACCAAAACAUAACCACUUGAGUCCAAAGAUUGACGAAAAGAAUAAUGGAAAAACUGCUUUUUUUAAACAA